AUGUAUUUGUCUCUCAUCCUAGCGAUAUUAUCUUCAUUCUUAGCUUUCGUCCUCAUCUGUGGGUCGACCAUAAGUUUGUUUGCUAUGAAUACGAACUCAGAAGUAGUCGGAUCAACUACGUCAGAAGAAUUAUCACGGGAAAACUCAGGCUCGUCAGGGAAUAAAAUGGGUUUCUCGGAGGUUGUUUCACGACAAAGAGAGUUUUUUCGUGCCGGUGAGCCAGCGAAAAUCGAGAAUCGAAAGAAACAACUGCUUAUUUUGCGUAAACUAAUCACUGAGAACUCGGACACGCUUUGUGAAGCUGUCCACCAGGAUCUGCGGAGGGAUCCACAAACAACGUACUUCCUCGAGAUCGGCAAUGCUAUCGUUGAAAUCGACUACAUGUUGGACAAUCUGGUGGAGUGGAGCAAACCUGUUACAGUGAAAAAGACUUUCGCAAAUGCUUUGGAUCAACCAAUGAUUGUCAAAGAUCCCUUGGGAGUUGUUCUAAUAAUCUCACCAUGGAAUUAUCCUGUGUCAAUGAUCCUAUUGCCACUCAUAGCUGCAAUCGCUGCGGGAAACACCGUUAUCAUCAAGCCUUCCGAGGUCUCCUCUAACACAGCGGCAACUUUCGAGAAAUUGGUGCCAAAAUAUUUCUCACCGGAGAUGGUUGCUGUCGUCAAUGGUGGUGUUUCUGAAACUACGGAACUACUGAAAGAACGAUUCGAUCAUAUUCUCUAUACUGGUUGCCCACCGGUAGCGAAAAUUAUUAUGGCCGCUGCUGCGAAGCAUUUAACACCUGUUACCUUAGAAUUGGGUGGGAAAUGCCCCGUCAUCGUGGAAGACGACGCCGACAUUGAGAUCUCGGCUCGUCGUAUCGCCUGGGGGAAAUGGAUGAAUUGCGGUCAGACGUGCUUAGCUCCGGAUUACGUCCUCGUAUCCGCUGCAGUUAAACCGAGGUUGGUUGAUGCUAUGCGACGAUACAUUGGUGAAUUCUAUGGGACUGAUAUUAAAGCCAGCAAGGAUUAUUCCAGAAUUAUCAACCAAAGGCAUUUUGAUCGUAUCAGCUCACUUCUGGACUCUACCGCAGGCACUGUGCUUUUCCAAGGCGGAGCGAACGAUCGCAACGAUCUUUUCAUUCCACCAAUUAUUCUAGAUGUGAACAAGGAUGAUCCAUUUAUGAGUGAUGAGAUCUUCGGCCCUGUCCUUCCUGUGCUAACAGUCAAGGAUCUUAGCGAAGCUCUGGAUUACAUCAACGAUGGGGAAAAACCUCUUGCCGCGUACAUUUUCACUCGUAAUGAGUCAAAAGCUAAACGACUUUACACAGAGACUAGCAGUGGUGGAGUCACUAUCAACGAUGUUGUUAUGCAUAUUACAGUUGAUACAUUACCGUUCGGUGGUGUUGGUAAUUCUGGUAUGGGACGAUAUCGUGGAAAAUACGGAUUUGACACUUUCACUCAUGAAAAAGCAGUUCUAAAGCGUGGAUUUUUUGGAGAAGCCCUUCAAAAUGCUCGAUAUCCACCAAUAACUGAAGCGAAGUUGAGAACAUUAGCUCGGCUAACCGGGACUCGUCGUCCGUUCCCAUCGAUACUGAGCUGGAUCACAGGGAUUCCGGUAAUUGUCGUCUCAGUCGUUAUGGGAAUGUUUAUGCAGAAAUACCUUCGACUUUUGAGAUGA